AUGUCUUGGGCGGAUCUCGUCAAUAACAAUCUCGUCGGUUCCGGGAACGUUAGUAAGGCAGCGAUUUGUGGAUUUGAUGGAUCAAUUUGGGGUAAAAGUGAUAAUUUCAAGAUCACACAAGAAGAAGCGGCUGCUGCAGGACGAGGAUUCGCCAAUAAAGAUGGUUUAUUGGGUACUGGAUUGAAGUUUGAAGGGGAGAAGUAUUUCGUUUUGAACGCCGAUGACGAUCGAGUGAUCGGCAAGAAAGGUUCUCAAGGAUUUUUCAUCUACAAAACGGGACAAGCGGUAAUAAUUUCGAUUUACGAAGGUGGUGUUCAGCCGGAAGCAUGCAAGCGUUACGGUAUACUAUCACCACGUUUCUGCUUACUUGCCGAACUGCAGGACGGGGUCCCACCGGAUCAAAUAAUGCAGUCAGCCUAUUUUCAUACGUACUGA